GAGGUGGGGCCGCAGGGGCUGCAAAUGGGAAGGGAGGCAGCGACCACAGCAGCCGCGACAACGUUGACAGUGUCGCAGGCAGCUGUAUGGAGCCACCCAGGGACAGCAGCAGGUACAGCAGCAGGAGGAGCAGGGGCAGCUGCAGCCACUGUGUUUGUGGCAGUGGCGCCUGCUGUGUUGCCGGAUGUGGCGACAAGUGUUGCUGCCCCCAGCGGCGUUGUUACUGCAGCUGCUGCUUCUACCAGUGCUACUAGUGCGGGUGCUGCUGCUACCAGUGCGGGUGCUGCUGCUGCAGGUGCUGUUUUCGCUAGCGGCGGGGCUGUUACAGGUGGUGGAGGUGUGGCCUCUGUAUAUGGGGCCGAGGCUAGCAGUAGCGGUGGGGGAGGCGGUGGGAGAUGACGAGAUGUAUGAAGCAAAUCAGAAGUAUGGAAGUUACUGCCAGCACCUACGUAGUGGAUGGAUAAUAAACGGAUGAAAGCACAGUGAAAACGGGUGAGGAUACAAGUGAAGUGACCCCUGGGUCAUCCGUGUAAGCGGAGCGCAUGGCCAGGACGCCAGGAGUGUAUCGCAUGAAUGCUUGGUGAAUUGCUUUGACUCGGCUGCCUGAUUGGGGCGCCGAAGUGUGCAUUGUGAAGGAGAACGAGAGGGCUGCGAGGUUACCGUUACUGCGGGUUGACCUCAUGGGGGAGCGGCUUGGGGGACCUCAUGCUAACAGAGAUUGGGAGACAGGAGUGGGAGUUAUCUUCAAACAGUGUGCCGCUGCCGCAAGCGUUUCGGGUGUCACGUCGGGUGUCCCUGUCGGGUUCUGUCGGGGUGUCUGACUCCUUGGGACAUCGCAUGCAUGUGCUACCCAUCCGUUUUUACAGGGGCCCUCUUCCCACACCACAGCCGAAACCACCGUACAUGCAACGCGCGCAGCCCCCAAUCCGUUCCAACUGUAUCGUGGGGCUGCGCGGUGGGAUGACAACGGCCAACAUGUAACAAGAACAGGACAGUAAAACCAAAACAGGCAUUCCAACCUAAUGCCAACCAAGCAACCCAACAUCAUACGAGCCUAGGAAAUCUCGAGA